AUGAAGAUCACAGUGGCUGCCCUGACUUUAUCCUUCUGCUACCUGUCCGUGGCCGAGGUCCAGCUGGUGGAUCACAGUGCAGGAGAGGAAAAUACCACAGAGAUUCACAGCAGCGAGCCAGAAUGUUUCUGUGCUGCUGGUGACAUAACAGGGUGCAAGAAAAACUUUUGGGUUAUUUUAAGAGAACUGGAGGCCAAAUUGAAAAGCACUGAGGAACAGUUAGAAGAUCUGAGAGGAGAAGUUCAAGGUAAACGGGUGGCAUUUGGAGCAUCUAUCGGCAAUGUUGGAAAUAUUGGACCUUUCAACACUGAGAUUACUCUGACCUACAAGAAUGUCUACGCAAACACAGGCUCAUACAACCCUGCAACAGGUAUUUUCACUGCUCCAGUCAAAGGAUUCUACUACUUCAGCUUCUCUGGCAAUAAUAUUUCCUCUAAUCCAAUGGGGCUGAGACUCAUGAAGAAUGGGGUGCAGAUGGUCACUGUGUACAACCAUGUAGCUGGAAACCGCCACGAAACAGCAACCAACAGCAUGACUCUACAGCUUGAAGUUGGAGACCAGGUGUACAUGAGACUCCGGACAAACACCUGGAUUUUUGAUAAUGGAAAUAGCCACUCCACGUUCAUUGGCCAUUUGUUAUUCCCUCUGUAA